UUGGAAAUAACAAUUUGUCAUGAUUUCCGUUAUAUUUUCAUACUUAGCUGGCCUCAUGGAUGGACGCCUAUCCCAGUGCACACCCUGCCGAAGGCCGAGGAUCAUGUGGGUAACGUGUUUGCCCCUUGUCCACGUGCAGAUCAGCUGGGUGAAGAACUGCGAAGCAGUGCAGAAUAUCGCAAGUUGGAGGAAGAUAACGAAGAUUUUCUCGAAUUUCUUUCGGAGAAAACGGGAAUGAAGGUCACUUUGAGCAACAUUUACUUCAUUUAUGAUGCCCAUCACGUAGAAAGAAUAUAUGGAAUGAGCCAACCAGAUUGGUUGACAGACGACGUUUCUCGCCGCCUGCGCAGUCUUUCUAGGACGUCCAGUGAGUACGACUACGGCAUUGCUCAACCAUACUUACCGGAACUUAUUCGGUUGCGAGGAGGUCAGCUGUUUGUACAUUUCUGA